CUAUUGGUAUAUCUGCAUUCGAUAUUAUUACUCGGGCUUUACUCGUAGACCCUGGGAAAAUGACUGUUAUUAUUGCAGGAGGCAGUUACUUUUUAAUGGGUUUUAUUGCAGUAAUUUUGGGGUUUAGUCGAUUAUAUACUGUAAAACGAGCUUUAAGCGAUAUACCAAAGUCUCAAGUGCCAAUAAACGAAAAAGAUAUACCAAAAUCUGUCCAUAAUCUUAUUGUUUCAGAGCUAACUCGCGUUUCCAGGAUUGCUUUGGCAGGAGAACCAAGGCCUGAAGAUGGAGGGCGACCAGGAUGGGGAAGACCAGGUUCAUCGUACAAUAAUAUACACUUCAGAUCUUCAAUCAUUGAAACGCUCUCUUUAAUAGAGCAACAGGCUGUAAGGUGUUCGUUAAACUUGGCACGUCAGCCAUCAAUGUCCGUUCAGCGAUAUAUUGACUUUUUGAUAGAACAUAAAAUAGAUCGUGAAUUAGGACAUGCAUAUGUUGAAGGCUAUGAACGAGCGCGUUUCAGUGAUGAUGAGGUCCCUGAAGAACAAUACAUCAAAUUUAUGAAGCUCGUUUUGCAGUUGUUACGUCAACUGGGUUUCAAUGGAAAUUAA